UAUCUCAACUGUUGGAGCUGGAUUACCUUUGGAUUUUAUGCAGAGGUUCAUGUCCCCUACAGGAUAAAUCCUAAUGAUUCACUGUGAUCCCCAGACUUACUUACUUGUGACAAUCCUCAUGAACGUAAUUGUCUGUCUGCCCCAUCCUGACCCUGACCAUCACAACUAAACACCUCACCACACCCUGAAGCUGAAGACUAAGUCUGACCUGGCCGUGGUGAUGUCACGGUGCAGAUGUGUCUUCCCCCUGACAGUGCUUUGCAGUGUGUGUCACUAUUAACCCUGCAUUCUCCCCCACAGAGAGCAGAGUGGUCCAUUGCGCGCUACUCCCAGUGGCUGGAUGAUCAUCCCUCUGAGAGAGACAGGCUCACUCUCAUCAGGGGCGCUCUGGAGGCCUACGUGCAGUCAGUGAGGGCUCGUCAGGGGAAGGAGUUCACGCCCAUCUAUCCAAUCAUGCUCCAGCUGUUACAGAGAGCCACCAGCAGCUCACAGGAUGUCCGAGCGUGACGGGGCCGACACAGCUGUAGAUUUAACGGUACCUGAGCAGAGCGCAGUGCAGCAUGUGGUGAGUUGGAGAGGAUGUGAAGUCAGAGGAAGCUGCUCGUCUUUAUUAUUCCACACUACAGCUGCUGUAUCCAGCUAAGUGAUUCUUCUUAUUCAUACAUUUCUGACUAAAUCAAGGGACUGUUGUGGAGGGACUCAUGGAUGUUUGAUUUUGAAUGUUGGUUUUACUUCUAAUUCCAGCACUGACUCUAGCAAGCUGAAGAUCAUAAAGCGUGUCAGUUUAAUAGAACCAAACUGUACUUCCAGAAUUCUGUGAAACUAUGCAGCUGUAAUAUCUGUAAAGGUUCCUGUCAGUGACAUAGACGGUGUGAUCUCCACUGGUUCUAUGAAGGCUUAGUGAUCAUUACAGGGAAUCCUACAGUCUAGGAAUCCUUUUCCACAAUAUUUCAACUGAAGAAAAGAAAAUGUUGUAAAUGAUUGAAUGAAUGAUGAAACUGUAAAUGGCUCAUGUGAUGGUGUAGCAGUAGAAGACUCCUGAGAAUAAAUGAGUAAAUGUUUACAAGA